UGAGAUUUUCACUGCAUGCGGGUAGAGCAGUAAAGCAGCGCUCUCUGGCUCCUCUCAUCUCAUUCUCUAGAAGAUGGCGGACUGCGCUUCACUGUUAGAUGAGGAGCUCUCUUCAUUUGUCUUCAAUUACUUGACUGAAAACUCUGGAAGCCAGUAUGGGGAAGAGGAGGUCUGCUCAGACCGCCUGGAUGCUGACUUCCCUGACUUUGACCUCUCGCAGCUGGACGCCAGUGAUUUUGACUCAGUGAACUGCCUCAGUGAGCUGCAUUGGUGCAAUGAGCAAUCAGAUCACUCCCCUGCCUCCAUACAGUACAGCGCUGGAGACCCAGAGCUAUUCGAGGAAGAAAAUGCGGCCCUGCUCGCUGCCCUCACAGACAGCCUGGACGGCAUUGUUGAGGACGGAGUCGGGGGUCUGUCUGUGUUCCCUUCCCUGGGGGACGAACCUGAGGAGGGCGAAGAGGAGGAAGAUGACCUCCCUAUGGAGAGUGAGCCCCUCCCUGGCUCAAUGAGCCCAGAGACAGAAGACCCAUCUCUACUGAAAAAGCUCCUGUUGACACCCCCUAAUGUGCCUGUGGGCCUCGAGUCGCACAAAGACAGUGGCGUUCAUCGUCAUAGCAGUAGGAACCAGCAUGUCAAGCCUGUGAGGCCCGUGCUAAAGAAGGACAAAUCAAGCACACAGGAGCGUAAGCCGCGGCCAGUGAGGCCCAGCGGUCGUCUUUGCACUGAACUCCACCGUCACCUCACCACAGCACGGGACAAUGAGGACACACCGUCAGCCGACACUGAGGAAGAAGAAGAGGAAGAGGACAGCGAGUCAGAAGAAGAAGAGGAAGAAGAGUCAUCCAGCAGCGAGGGGGAAAGCGUGGUCUGCAUUGAGCCAGCAAAGCCUCAGUUCUCCUCUGAGAAAGAACUGCACUCUGUAGUCGAGCUCAUCAAAUACAUGCACACGUACUGCCUGCCUGUACGCAAACAGGCUAGCUGGGAUCGCAAAGAACGCGAGGCAUUAGCACGGAAAGCCAAACCUGAGCACUCACAGAUCCCUCGACCCCCUCCGACCUCUCAGAAACCUGCUUCUCAGACCAGGCCCAGGAUGCCGUUCUGUCGACGAAGGGAAAUCAAGGCUCAUUCACUGCUUAAGGAGCUUUUAGAGGCCGUCAGCUCGUUUGAUGUUAGUAAGCCUUAUAGGAUGCACAGCCCUCCUUAUAUUCACAGCAGAGGAGCUGCCAUUCGGCCCGCUGUUGACGUUUCUUCUUCUCCUCCACGGCAGCCCAAAGCUGAACCUAAAGACUCAGACUGUGAGAGUUGGCAAAAGGCUGCAAAGAGGCCUAAGAGCCCAGAGCCAGAGGAAGGGUCAUUUUCUGUCAGACGCUCACGACGACUGGCUUCUUUUCCUAGCCGGUUUGCUAAGAGGGUUCGUGUUAACUGUGGCCGGACGGAGCAAUGCAGCGAAGAGGAGAUUACGGUCAAACAUCCUCCCACUGACACUGAAAGCAGCCAGAAGAGCAGCUCCUACAAGCCUUCUGAGACCCAUAAUAACCCAUGCUGCAGUGACGAGAAACGCUCCUGCCUCUGUCUGCCGCUGGCAACCAAAUCCAACGGAGACACGCAGUACGCCAACAAGCCCUUUGAGCAGACUCUCUGUAUGGAACUGUGUGGCACAGCAGGCCUGACUCCCCCCACCACACCUCCCCAUAAACCAGUGGAAGAUGAGCUCUUCAAACCCGACGCAAAAGCGGAUCUCAGCACCAAAAGCUCAUGCCUGAUGCGGGCUAAUAUGCGCAAACUCCCUGAACAGACAGAACUGUAUGCCCAGCUGCGCCGCAUGGGUCAAACGGGGGAUAUAGACUCUAAGGGUGGGACGCAACGUGCUUAUGGGGACCAUGAUUACUGCCUGAUGGGGCUGGGAGAGAGUCGUAAGACAACAGCAGUGCUAAAUGGCUCUCAGUGCCAUGUGGAAGUGAAAGAGAAAGAUGAAGAGGAAGAAAUGGAGAUGGAUGUGGAGAAAGAAGAGAUGGAAGAAAAGGAGGAGGAGAGGGUAUUAACAGACUGCCAGCAAAGGACUGAGGUUAAUUCUCUGGUUGAGCUGCCCAGUCCAGAGGAGACCAGUGAACACUCACCUGUCCGAUCUCCAAGCCCAGAGCUGGACGCCCAGUCGCCAGUGUCCUGUUCACCUCCUUCCCCCAGCUGCAAACUCUCCUUCAGCGAUGAAAGCUCAGAGACGUGUCAUGGAGCAAAUGAAAAAAGGAGCAAGACAAAGUGUGGACAGGAAAAUGAUGGGAACAAGUGCCAAGUGAUCUACAUUCACAACCUUCCAAGCAGCGUGACUCAGACCAUGCUGCGCAAGCGCUUCGAGGCCUUCGGCCAUCCAGAGGAUUGUAAAGUGGUCAUCAAAAAAGAGGAGCGUUGUGGAGUGAUCACACUGAGGCACACUCAGAACGGCCAGACCUCACGGCACAGGUGGGAUUUGCUCGGUCCGAGUGGCGGAAACGGCAGUCGGCGGUUUGGCAGAAAGCGUUACAUAGAUCUGGAUGAGGCAGGUCCAGGUCCAGUGAAGAGCAAGUAUGAUGCACUGGACUUUGAUGCUCUGCUGAAAGAAGCUCAGAGGAGCCUGCAUCGCUGACUCGCCUUACCACGCCUCCAGUUUCACGCCCCGUCCGGGACUCGCCUCAGCACCUCAACCAAGGCACUUCUUCAUGUUUACAUUUUGAACAUUGGAAUAAAAAAAGAUAUAUAUAGACCUUGUCACUUCUAACUGAGGAUUGGAGGACAUUUGGGGGGCAGGAGGAUUACAAACGAACAGCUCUGAGACACCGGACACAAGUGCUGCUUUUCUUGUGUGUUUGAUGCCAUUCAUGACGUUGCGAGCGGCUCGGGCUUCGUAGCAAACCGCACUCUUUUCCAUUGGUUGUUGUGACGUGUGUGUUCUUUUUUUUAUUUGUACCCCUUUGUCACUCUUCAUAGACCCGCAAGGUGCUUUCACCAUUUUGUCGUACAGAUAUAUAAACAAUAACUGCUUUGUAUUAGCGAAACUUUGUGGAUGUUCAACUCUGUGUGUGCGUGUGUGUUGCGAUGAAAAGUGGGUUUAAAAGAAAAACAACAAACAAAAAAAUCCUACAAGGUAGAGUUUACAAAUCAAAAAGUCAAGAAAAAAAAGUAGUCUUUUUGUAAUUUUAGUGCUUCCUUAAUUUCAUCUAUGCACUCAAACGAGGUAGUGCUUCUUUGGUCUGGCUUCUGCCUUCCUCUGGUAUGUUGAAGGGGCUUUUGCUGCUGGGUUGUCAGACACAAACAAGUCCAACCCAGACUGUGCUACUUUGAAGUCGAUGUGUGUAAUAUUUUUCUCAUAUUCCAGCUUAAAUUGGGGCGACAACUGUUGAAAUUCUUUACUAAAACAUUGCUCUGUUCUAUUGAGCAGCCUGACUAAACCAGUUGUAAGAGUAUAGAGUGGGGCUUUUUUAGGCUGACCUAUCAGAAAAGAGUUUGUGGUGCAGAAAAGCACAUUUCACCUUUAACUCAUUUUUUGGAAGGAGCGAAAGCAACCCAAUCCAAUGUCAAAUAAUCAUCAAACUUCAAAACUGGUAGAAUAUGCCCAUCAGAUGUAAGUGUAGUCAUAUUAACAAUUGCUUGAUGAAAUUUCUUUCCACAAAUUGCUGUCAUUUUGCCUAAGGAAAAACUUAAAGCCCUGAUAUAUUUACUCCAAAAGUUCUUCUCUGUUAUUCAUUUAGGUGUAAAAAUGUCAUCCGAGCAAUGAUUUGCUGUUAGUAAACCUCCCCAAGUGACCCCCACACUGCUUAAAGCGACUUUAAUGUUAUUGGUGCUACAUUUUCCAUCCAUUAACAUAAUAAACACUAUCCAAAAUUCAUGCCAAAGGAGGCGGAGCCAUCAUAGCCAUGUAUUGCACAUAUUGAUCCAAUGCUAGUUGUCUUCAGGAAAGUUCACUUUAGCGAACUGCCUCAAACUCAUCAAAUCUACUUCAUUUUUACCUGAUUUUGUUCAAAUUAGUUUGUUUUUUAAUUUUGCCGUUUCUUUGCAUAGAUUUAAUUCCCCUUUUGGUGUCAUUGGCCCAGUCCAGUGGUAAUUUAUAGUUUACCAAUUGAAGCAAGGUUAGCAUUGCCAAGCUGCUUCAAACAAAAAAAAACUUUUUGUUAUUUAAUCAUCGACCAUUUUUCCCUCACAGAUUUUGUUGCCCCAAAGCACACCUUCAGUCCCAUCGCCCAGGACCAAUGAUAGCUUGUUACUUGUUAAAUUAAGUAAACUUGUUUAAUCAAGUCGUUAUAAAUAAUAUUCAAAAUAAGCUCAGAAAGACAGAAAGUCAGUUCACAACAAUUAAAUCUCACCAAAAUUCCCACUAGCGUGACCGCACUUUACUUCUCAGCCAAUUGGUUUAGACUUAAAAGCACAGUCAUGUGGUUGGACUCCUCCAGUAGCAUUGCCCUCGCACAGCUCUAGGUGGUCCCGCACUGAAGCACUCCUAUCGGCGGUUGAGAGAAGGGUGGCGGUAAACUAGGAGGAAGAUCUUUCCAGAGCUCAAUCUCAUUAGAGACGCAGUCGCGUUUCUACUUUGUUUACAUGUCACUCUCUCAUCCUCUUUCUCUCUCUCUAAGCUCAAACACUCUUUUUUUACUCUCUCCUUUCUGACGGGGGAUGAAGAUCUGCGGGUUUUUUCUAGCUCUUACCUUGUGGCUACUGCUCUAUUUGUCUUUUGUGUGUGUGUUUUUUGAAGUCUAAACAUGUACCAGUGUAUAACUGCGUGUCAUCUGUGUCUUUUACGGGGUCUAGGGAUGGGUCCGUCCCUUAUUAUUAUUGUUAUUAUACGCUGGGACCGUUGCUUUUAUUCUACAGGGUUUCCUUGUGGAUCUAGUGCAGUUGUGAGCGAGAGUGUGCGCAUGUAUGGUUUGGAGUAGGCCGCCGGGUCUCUCUUUACUCUCCCCUUUAUCCAGAAACACACACCCCUAACCUGAAUGUUUACAUGACUGAAUUCUCUUUCGACUUUUACUAGAGCGCACACUAAGUACAGAACGCCUUAUUCAGUGUUAAAGUACCCUAUCAGGACGUUUCCCUUUUACGGUACCGAGCUGUUACCUUGACACGGCCUCUGAACACUGACCAAUUUGCCCAUCUUGAGAAAACAAGCUGAAUGAGUGUUUGUGCUUAGUAUGUCUACUACUAAACAAGCAAGAGAUGUGCUGGUUUACAUGAUUAUAUAUAUAUAUAUAUAGAGAGAGAGACGUAUAUAAUGUGUAUAUAGCACUGUGUCUUGUGUAAUCAUGAGAUGUAUGGUUAUGUGCUGUACAGCGACGUGGUAACGUGUGGUUUUAAAGGGUGGAUCUGAUUGGUUUGUUGGUGAACCCCAUGAUGCAGCGUUAAGCAAUACAGGGAAAUCCAGAAGGGAACUUUUGUUGAAAUGGCUUCAUAAGUCAAACACAGUUAUAUAUAUAUAUAUAUGAAGUGUCUCUUUAGAAAUGGUUCUUUUUAAUGACUUUAAUGUGUUUUCGUUUUAUGCAAUUGAGAUGCAAUACCGCUUAAGAGAUCAGAGUGAGCCUUUCUCACUGGAGAGAUUGGUCGUUUUAGGGGAAAUUGGAUCCUGUACUGUACGGUGUUGUAGACAGCUCAGAUGGUUCGGGAAAAAAACGAAGGUUGACGGUUAAAAACCGCUGGCUUUCAUUAGGAAAAUACACAGACAGCCCAAUCUCACAAGGAGAGCCUUAAACCCUAGGGGAAAACAAAGCUAUCAAUCCUAUCUGAUCUCCUUUACAAUCCAAUGUGUUUUCUUUACUGAAGUGAGUAAACUUUUUUCAAUACAGCCAUAUUAUAAAAGGUAUAUACAUAUAUAUAUGAUUAUAUAUAUAUACAUAUAUAUUUGUGUGUUUGUGUAGAUAAAUAUAUAGAUGAUAUAAUUUGUUAUAGACCAUUUUAUUCAGUGUUUCAGAACACUUCAAUACAUUUCAGCACUGUCAAUCUAGAAUGUACAGAUCCAAAUUAAAAAUAAUAAUAAAAAAAUAAAAAAAAAAUAAAAAAAACUUCCAAAGGGAACCUUCUUCAAUGCAAUACAUUUUUCCAGCCCUCAUUUUAGCAAUCGCUAGACAAGUUGACCAAAAAGUACAUUUGAUGUUUGGAUACCGGAGAAGCGUGUGGUAUAACAUCAAAUCCAUUUCACGAAUGUCAUGAUUGUUUGGCUUGAUCCUGUGUGUGAGAGAGAGAUUGAGUAAAGGAGCGCAUGUGAUUUCUUCCUUUUUUAUUUUAGUUCAUACAAAAUGUCACUUCUAUUUCACUACAUAUACAGCCCUGAAGUUUGUUGUUAACACAGUACACGCUCUUUCAAGAUUGAAGAGAGUUUUCUGCUCGAAUCAGAUUCUGGGAAAGUUUAUAUCGUCUGUGCUAAACCUUGGAUCCUUUUUUUUUUAUCAAGAAGCGGAUCUAGCAUUUGUGUCAUUAUGGUGCCAGAGCAUCAGUUAAUGAAUCGCACAUCUAUGUCGCAUUGUUUUGCUGCUUUAAGACCUUGUCUUUUGUGGAAACAAAAUCUGAGUCAAAGGGCAUACAUUGUUUUCUUCAUUGACUUGUUUUUAUUGAUUUCGUUUUUUGACUAUUUACAUCUAAUGACUAUCAAAUUCGCUAUGAUUUUCCUUUUUUUAACGUAGUUUUUUUUGGUAAAUACUGAUAGUAAGAUUUUAUAUUUUUACAUAUAUUGGUUUUGAGUUGUUUUUUUUUUAUUUAUAUGCCACUUAGUUUGGAUGUCUUGAAAUGGUGUUGGUUUUAUUUUCAUUUCUUUUUCUCUGUAUCGUGUGAUUUUCAUACAUCAUGAGAAUGUGGAGACAAAUGCAUUUCAGUAUUUUUAAAUUGUUAAAAUCUAGUUUCCUAGAUCAAAUCUAUAUAGUGGAAAUUAUUUGAUGUCAUAAAUUAUAUUUUAAUUCAUGUAAAUAGUUUUAAAAAAAGAUGAUGGCUUCCUUUUAAACUGAACACAUUUCUCUUCUGAGAUUGUUUACAUUAUUAAACUGUAGAAACUGAUCCUCCUAUACUGUAAAAAAAAAAAACAACAACAAAAAAGUACAUAUAUUCAUUGUUUUGCCUCCAAAAAAAAAUAAAAUCCAUAAUGAACAAUA